AUGUUAGGCUUGCUCUCUGCUGAAAGCUACGCAACAAGUAUCAGGGGCUCUUUUUACGGCGCAUCGGCUGCCCUAGGAAAAACAGGUGCUGCGGUAGGGACUCAGGCAUUUACUCCGAUUCAAAACAACCUGGGCAAACGGUGGACGUUUAUUAUUGCUGCUAUCUGUGGUGUGGUGGGUAUUUUGGUCACCUACUUCUUUGUACCCAACGUGACGGGCGAGGAUCUCGCCGUGCGAGACGAAAAGCUCAGAGCUUACUUGCUAGAGAAUGGAUGGAGCGGUGAGAUGGGUCUAAAGGACGAAAAGGAACUGGUUGUGGAAGGGGAUGAGGAGGUCGCCUCACCAAAUGGUGGAGAGAAGGGUGUCAAGACAUAG